UUUUAAUUAACCUUUGAACCCUUUGUGUAAUAGUCCAUGUGCACGUACUUGGAAGAUACUCUAUACUCUACUAGGCCUAUAGGACUGAUCUAGAGCUUCUGCAAGAUGGAGGAAGAAGAAAUUGGCUCUCCAAAUAGCUCAAAAGCCUAUGAAGCUGAUGUAUCACUAUCUGAGAGCUAUGGAAGUGUUGCUUUAUCCGAAGCUUUACCCAAUGAGGACUGUCUAGAGAGACCACCCCCUGUGACGUAUGUGAGAAGACCACCUCCCCUUUCCUCUGUACGACAACAGGUGGAGCUCAUCCGUGCACGCAGUCGCAUUGUAGAGUUAGAGUCUGCAUUGGCUGCUGGUCGACGGGCGGUCAAGAGGGCUCGUAUAGAGGAGGACGAUCAUGUGACCAGUCAUGUGACCCUCGACAAGGAGGAGCAAGAACGACUGCACAAGCUUGAACAAGAGCGUUGCAAGUUAUUGGAGGAAAUGAGCUCAAAGAAAUCGGAACUGGAGGCAACAAAAGACAAGCUAGAAGAAGUUAAGUCGGAGCUUACGGCGAUUCUGUCAGAUAAGGAAACAGAGAUGAAGAAGUUGAGAGAGGAGGUGGCUGAGUUACGCAGUGGUCUGGAUGACAGCAAUGGGUCCCGGGCUAGACUGGUGAUGGAGGUGGACUCACUCCGACUGCAGGCUGCCUCUCAUGCAGUACAAGAACUGGACACUCUCACUGCAGCUCACACAAGGACUGUGGAGUCCCUGACGGCUCGUCUGAAGGGAGCGGAAGUGGCCGAGGGAGCACUGAAGAGCAGUCAGGCCCGAGUGAAGGACCUGGAGAGACAACUCAAGACUCACAGACAAGAUAGCUACUUGAUGGAGACAGUGAGAGAGAGGUUGCUCCUCUGUGAUGAGCUGGAGCGGAGGAUGGGGCAACUGCAGGAGGAGAAUAGCGUGCUAAUAAGGAACAGGGACAACCAGCACUUACUCAGAUACAAGGUGACUUCAUUGACAGAGCGCUGUGAGCGUCUUCAAGGACUGGAGGAGAGUGCUGCCAGACUCACUCUGGAGAACACCCAGCUGAAGGAGAGGCUGGAGGGGGUGGAGUCAGGGGGUGGGGCAUCAACAGCGCUGCUCCAGUAUCGAGUGUCACAGCUGCAGAACAACGAGAAGAUCCUGGUGGCUAAGAGAGGAGAGCUAGAGGCAAAACUGCAUACCACUGAGGCAGAUGCUGCAGUAGCUAGCCAUGCGCUGAAAGAGGUUAAAGGUCAACUGAGUAAGGCUCAACAGGAGUGUAAAGACAAGGAUGAGAAAAUUCAGAGGCUAGAAAAACGAUUGCUGUUUGUAACCAAGGAGCGAGAAGGUUGUAUGAACGUGCUCAACUCUUACUCUCGUGACUCGGGGGUGGACGGAAUAUUGAAACAGAGUAUUUCAGAGUUGGAGUCACAAGUGGUGAGAGCCAAUGCUAGGAUCGCUGAGCUGGAGAUUGAGAUUGAGCAACACUCAUCCAGAGCUAUUGCACACUGAACAUUACCGAUUAUAUGCGUUCAAUUCGUUAAUAUUGUUAUAUACACGUACAUGUAUCUUGUAUCUUUGUGUAUAAAAUUAUAUAAUUAUUAUAUUUUUUUAAUAAAAAUUUCUUGUCA